AGAGUAUGAAUCCUAGCAGUCACAAAAGCUUUAAAUCUAAAAUUCACAAACGUGUUAAUUAGUUAAAAUGUUUCUGUAGGGAAAGUUGUGAAAUAGUCUUUUUGUGGUUAUAUUUGUGCAGUAUUCUAUAUUUAGCUUUGUAUUGAUAUAAGGCGCACAUGAUUGCAUUAUGACUGCUUGCCCUUGCUUGAAUUAUAAUAAUGAACAGCAUGUCCUAUGGGCAGGGUGAACCUUCCCCAUCAGCCCUGUUCGCUCCCCUGUUGGCCCCCACCCGGCUGACCUCACCCUUCCCCCAUUGGUCACACUCACCUGAUACCAUUAUCAGAUACUCACCUGACACCACUCACCUGUUACAGGACAGUAACCAUUCACUUGAUACCUGACAGCCACCGGCUACUCCGUGCCCACCUUUAUCACGCAGGAGACACCAAACGCUCACGACUCACUCAUUCUCUGUCUUGUAAAAGUGCAACAGGCUGGGAGCAAAUAUAAAAGAAAACGUUUGUUUUAUGGUAUUACCAGUACAUGUAAACAAUUGAGAUAUAUUGCCCUUUAUACACUUCUGUUUGUGGUUUGUUGCAUAGGUAGGUAUCUAGCUAUGGGUGGUGAGCCUAUGUGUGUGUGCACUGGGUUAUUGGUCUCAUGUAUAAUGGAAGCACGCAAAUAGUUAUGGGUCCAAAGUUAUAACAAGUUUGAGCUCUUGUAUUUAGCACAGGGUUCAGUAACCUGCGGCUCUGAGCCACAUGUGGCUCUUUCAGGACUUCUUCAUGAUGUUAUUCACAUGUCACCGUGGCUCGUGAAAGAUUGAGCUUUUUUUACCGAAUUCCAAAAGGCUCUUUUUAUUUUGGUUCCCGACCCCUUUACGAACACAACAAUGUCUGAUCCAAACCAGGGGAACGAUUCCUUAGCAUGCCUGAGUGAUGCCGGAGUGUAGAGUUGCAGUGCCUCUGGUUAACUUAGAAAUUGCAAGGCCAGUCCUUUGUAUUUAUACAUUAUAUACAUAAGUGUUGUACUGCUCGUGUGUAAUCUUUAAAAUAGCCCAUUUGAACGUCGUCGCAUUCAUCUUGUUAAAUGAAACGUGUCCAGUUACACUUUUUAACAGAAACGUUAAACAGCUUACUGCAGUACAGUGAGCGGAUAAGAGAUGUCUAAAAAAAAUUGGUGGCAAAAACUUGAGAAAUUUUAAAUUCUUGACAUUAAAAACAUGUCAGAUCACUUUCUCUUUUAGGCCUUGCUUAUAAAAGCUGAAAACCACUUUACAAUACUGUGAUUUAGUGGAUACUUUUGUUUUGGGUGCACUGAUAAACCAUUAUUUUAACACAAGUAAUAUUGUCAACAGCACAGUUCUAGUUUAAUAUAUUUCCAAUGGAGAUCAUAUUUUCAUUAUUCCAGAUCCCCACUGCUAUCUAGUGAUAUGCAGACAAUCAUGGGCAUAAGGCAGUUGAUAUUAAAAGCAUGAAACCAAAGCAAAGUUCUUAGAAUAGACAUCAGUUCCCAUGGGUUUGCACAGCUAUCUAACUUAUGCAUCACUCUGGUGUCUCAUUCUCAUUUGCACUCUUGAGAUAUAGUGUAGUGUUUCUAAUGCGGUCUUAGAUACCUUUCCAUUUGCCACCUUUGGAAUGCAAAUUGCACACAAAACAACAUUAAUAACAGGAGAAUCAGGGGUAGUUCUAUGCUGGCACUUUGCAUCACAGUGUCUGGAAUAUGCAUGGCUCUCAAUUGUUGUUUUAAAAAAAAAAUACACUUCCUAGCUAUGUGGAACCGUGACUUGUGGUUGAACCAUUGCUUGUUAUCUAUUUUCAUUGCUGUUCUGCUCACUGUCCACUCAUGGACUUGCUAACUUGACAGUGAGGUACCACCGUGUCCCUGUCUUUUUGUCCAAUUUAUAGAGAUUUUCACAAUGGAGCUUAAACUGGACAGGUCAAUUGAAACUAGUUAAUCCACUUAAAAGACACAACUUCACAAUCAAAAAUAUCCUGUCCCUGGUUGUGAUGUAUCUAAAAUGUAAUGCCAUCACAUACUGCUUACAAUUAGCAACCCACGUCAUACACUUGCUGUCAUGUCAUGUGCUUUGGAUUUGUAAUUGGAAUUUUUGUAACAUUGACCAUACAUGUUUCACAAAGAUUAUUUUGUAAGGCGCGUUCAAGAUUUUAAAAACCCGCUUGUAAACCACAUUGAGCAACCUUUUUCCCUCGCAUUUGAAAACACAUUAUGCAUUUAGGGUGGCAUGGUGGCGCAGUGGUAACAUUUGUGCCUCACAAAAAGAAAAGUCUGCUAUUUACAUCUGACUCAAGUGCCUUUCUGUUAGGAGUUUUAUAUUCUCCCCCUGUUUGCUUGUGGGUUUCCUCUUAGUUCCCCUGUUUCCUCCAAUAACAAAACUAUAUACAGUGUAACUGGUAUUGGCCUAACAUUUCAAGGAUAAAAACUUAACCUUCAGAUGACUCCGUUGGGAUUACACAUAGCAACAUCGCCUCCUACUGCAAGCAUUUGGCAGUAUUCUCUUGAAAAAGGCCUGCAACAUAGUCCGGAUUUCCUGGUUAAACAACAAAAAUGCAUUUUGGAGUUUGGUAAUUCUGCCAGUGCCGUAUUUAGAGGUACAGACAUACAUGCCUUAUAAAAAAACAAAUCAAUGUUUUUACUUGUAAUUGCUUUGGCAGCUUGUGACACGUUAUUACUCCUUUGAAAUGUACAACCCAGCAUGCAAUGCGGUAAUACAGCGUGACAAUGAGGGAUGUUUUAAACUAUGGCAUGUGUUGUGGACAAGAGGUUAUAGGAACAAGAGGACAGAUCAGUCUAAUGGUCAGGAAAGGCAAGCAUGUGAUCUGAGAAAGCCACAAAUAAUACAUUAACAUGUUACUUAGAAAAAAUACCACAGUUUGUCCCUGGAGCAUCAUAUGUCUUUUCAUUUAUUUAUUAAGCAUGAUGUGUUUAAAUUAAUACUGCAAUGACAGGAGCGGAAAUUCAUUCGGCUGCCUGGUGGAAAGCUGCCCUCCCGAGACAGGAGUGGAGGUAGAUUGAUGGACCCACGGUGUCAGCACGGAGGCCGCUGUCCAUUGCGUGUCUGGCAGGGAUCAACGCUGAAAGCUGACAGCGAGAAUUUAAAACAAAAUAAUACAAAGCUCAUUCCAUGCUUCUGUCUGCCCGGUAGCACUUCCACAAUGAUCAGAGCAUUCGGUUUUUAUAGAAAAUAAUGCCCUUAAUAGUUGGCUGUGUCGGGUGUUGGCGGGUUUUAACGACACAUUUAUAUAUUUACGCGAGCUUACCCAAAAACCUCUAUUAUGGAAAAAAAUUCUGCCACUGUAUCACAGUUAUUAUGGAAUGGAGUAGAGUAUUUAAAUUUUGAUAAUUUUAUGUUUCUUGACUUUGGCACCUACAACAAUAAUAGGAAAUCAUCAAAUGAUGGGUGACUAUAAAAUAAAAAGCACAUGUGCUUAUGGCUGAUGGAUUGUAGAACAAGCGUUAGAGGCUAUAAAUGUAUACUUGGUGGAGGCAUUGAGAUAAAGUUGCAGCGACAUGCGAGUUUUAAUUUGUUCAUCUUGCUUUGAGAUGGAGAUGUAAUAGAGAUCUUGCACAGAACACGAACGGCAGAAUUUUAAAGACGGCAAUGUAAGCAGAACACUAUUGAGCCACAUCACAGAGCACUCAUGUUGUGACAGCAAUCCAAGGCUGCUGGAUGAAGGCUUCUCAAAGCUACCAUUACUUCUCACGUGAUAGGUGGUGAUAAUAUUGCUUUUAAUAAAAAAGGCAUUCAAAUAUAAACAAAUUUAAACGUUUAAUAUAUUUAUCUCAUCGUUAUCCCUACAUGCACAUCCCUUUUGUCAAUCCGAUGCUGGAUGAGGGCCUCUACGCAGUGGAUUGUAGUUGCUUUGGAGGAACAAUGCCAGGUGGUCGAGACUAAUGAUUGAGUGGCAGCCAAAAAAGAGAACACGCCCUCGAUGAAGUGAUUAAAUUAGCUCCUGUGCAAGUACUAGAUGGGUAGUUACAUUAAAGGACUGUCAGAGAUGGUGGUGGCGGCUUGGAGCGUCCUUCAUACAGGAGUUGAUUGAACAUGGCUGCUGAUGAGAAAGUGAUAGCUGAGGAACCGUUGUGUUUUUUUCACCUACUGUAAUUUAAAACAAAAAUAUUUCAUUGUAUUUGCAAACAUGUCUCCAAUGGCUAUCUCGGUAUAGUAUGUUGUGCAGGUAUGGUUCACUUUUUGCCUUAUUAUUCUGCUUCAAAAGGACAACAAAAAUCACUAGAAAUUGCAUGUACAGGUAGUCCCCCGACUUACGAUGGAGAUGCGUUACGACGACCCCAUCGUAAGUCGGGGACUGCCUGGAGUUUUAGCAUACACAUAGGAAGUGUGUCCCAGAAUCUCUGAUAGGAGUUUCUAGGUUUGUAAAUGAAAACAUAUUUUAGCAAAUCACGUGUUGUAGCGUUCUAGUAACAGUACUGUCUUGAUGUCAUAUUAAAACGUAUGGGAGUGAUGUUGCAGGAACGGAUGCUUUAGUGGAGGACCAGACUAACUAUGUUGCCUCUUUUUCCCCAUUAAUGAAAGUUAAAACUCGUGUUGGAAAUCCCAUGAUUCUAGGUACAUAUUACCAAGAUAAGAGAUGCAGUAAUUGUUUUUUUUUUGGGUUAUGGUUCAAUGAAAAAGAAUAGAUGUAUUAAAUAGGUUGACUGGGUGAUAUUAUCUUUGCCAUUGUUGAGUGAAAACUGAGAAUGAGCAGGAGUGUAUUUUUGACCAUUGCCUACGAUGGUAGUUAUCCAAUUCAUUCAAAUUCCAUGCAUUGCGGUGCUGUAGGUAUUUUAAUGCAUGCUAUAUUUGUAAAUGGAUUAUGUCCACUGGAGCAAUCUGAAAUAAGCAGCUGAUUCAAAUGCUUGUUAUUCAGCUCUUGGUGCCUAGGAACACUGAUGCAAAUAAACAUCCACAGUAAACAAGAGGAAUAUUUAUUUUAGCAGGGAAACCAUGAAGAUAUAUUAUCUAUUCUUAACAAGAUUUUAUUGCCCCAAAAUAGCUGAGCCACUAAUCACAGCAGCUGGACGGUUCAAAGGGACACAAGUAUUAAAAUUAUAUGUUUAUGUUAAAUACAUAAACAAUGACCACGUGCUGCACUGUGUGUGUUAAAGUAGUGUUUACUGCUAAGUGGAGCGUGCCCAGACAUUAGUGGCACUGGAGUUCCUGGCACCAUUGUUAACAUGCGUGACUUUCAGUUGUCUUUCUUUACACAAUGGGCCUCGACAGAUUUAAGACCUGGCCAUCGUUUGUCACCAGCAAGUGCUGUGGGCGGUCCGAUUACAAGAAGUAGCUCGCUCGCCGAUUACGUUUCGAUCUAACUUUAGAACGAUACAACACAGUACAUUUCUAACCACUGAAAGCUACUUCUUUUUUUACGGACUAACUUGGAGCAUGGUUUAAUAAUAGUAAUUUCAACUUGUAACGCGCAGUGCAAUAUUCGCUCACGCUUCAAGAGAGAGAACGCUUCGCUCAGGGAACCACAGACGAGCAAGCAGGCGAUGAGCCAGUGCCAAAUUCCCUCUCGAGCACUGGCACUUUAUAUAUUGUAGUGGCUUUUCGGCCAUAAGUAUGUACAUGUGGGAGGAAACCGGAACACCUGGAGAAAACCCACACGUAUCCCAUACAAAUGGGAGAGGAAAGGGCCACUUUCACUCUACCACAUUGUUAUGCCAAGCCAGGGUAUGGCACCUCUUCGAUGCACAUGGUAAGGGAGUUUUCACAACAUAUGUGCGAUCCACUAACCCUUGCCUCCCACAGUGCUGGAUUACACACACCAGCUUCGCGUUAUUAAUAUGCGAUACGCUGAAUAAAAAGUCGCAGUGCCCCCAGCAUUCGUCCAGAAAUAGAAGGCUUACGCUCUUGCUUGGUGGUAGCGAGUGAGAUGGAAAAUGAGGCUGUGUGCUGGGUGGUGGGCUUGUCUGGGUCAGACAGGGAAGAGCAGACACCCCCUGGUCAAAACUAUCUCGGUAUAUAUAGCAACUUCCUCUGGACAAUCUCAAACAUAUAUGAAACCUUGAAGUCAGCACAAGCAAAGGGUGCCUGUUGCUUGAUUUCCUGCAUCUGGCCACUUCAAGCCGAAAAAACCCGAAAAGAAAUGGCUGGCAAGGGCUCCAGUGGAAUGGAUGUAAUGCUGACAACCUUGGAGAAUUCAAAGGACCACCAGGUCACAAUGGACAUUUUGAAUAUCUUGUUGGAGUUGCUUUCAGCUGGCAGCGGAGGUCGUGUGAGCAAUCUGGUGUGUAAGGGUGGCUCUCAGAUUCUACUUCAGACGCUGGUGAGGGCUGCCAAGGAUAGCCCCACCAAUGAUGAGCUGAUGCUGGUCACUCACUCUCUGCUUGCCAAAGUGGGACCAAAAGAUGCUAAGUUUGCAACAAAAGCCAGACUGUGCGGUGCGUUGCCAGUAACGCUGACGCUUGUCAAACAGAAUCUGCACAAUCAACGCCUGCUCCUGCCCUGCAUGCACACCAUCAAGGCCUACUCCGCCAGCAUUGUGAAUGCUGUCUCGCUUGGGAGAAAUGGUGCGGUGGAACUGCUUUUCAAAAUCGUCGGCCCAUUCAGCAAAAGACAAAGCACUUUCAUCAAGAUCACCUUGGAUACCCUUGCAACAUUACUAAAAUCAAAAACGAAUGCGAGAAGAGCGGUAGACCGGGGGAACAUAGUCUUCCUGCUCAACGUGUACCAAGACUGGCACCGUCAUGACGCUCGCCACAGCCAUGUGCCUGUACGUCGUGGCUUGCUCACCUGCCUCAAGCAGAUCACCGCCAUCAAGCACGGCCGAAGGGCCUUCCUGGAGGCCGACGGCAUGAAGAUUUUCUACACCACCUCACAGGAGUGCCUUACCAGCCGAGGACUGGACCUGCUGGUGAACUUGUCUACCAUGAUCAUGCGAAAGUGCUGCCCCAAGAACCGCUUGCCUCUACCCACCAUCCGAAGUGUUCACCACUUCCCGCUGCCUGUCAUACCCACCACGGGCCCAGUGGCACAGCUCUACAACUUACCCCCCGGAGUGGAUGACGUGGCCGAUGAAAGUGAUGAUAACCUUGAACAAGAUUCCGAGCAGGAGAAUGAAAAUGAAGAAGAAGAGGACUUUUUAGAGAAGGAUCCUGACAUUGAGACCGAUCUGGACAAGUUAAAGAUGAAGCCUACGCUUGAUCGCUCAGAAGAUGCACUCAAAAUGUACGAGCAGUUUUUCCCAGAGCUCUUGGACAGUUUUUCGGACACAUUUUCCAAAGUAAAUGAAAAUAUAAAUCACCAAAGUGCAAAGAACAUGCCCAGCCCCAUUGUAAUACCAACAGCAAGCAGCAACGACAAGUGCAGUAGCUCAACAGGUAAGGGGCUGCCCAUUCAGAACAGCGUGGCAUCACCUCUCAUUGAUGGCGACGACUCAACGCAGAAACCUCGUUCUGAACCCGGAGCCCAGAAAAUGGCAAAAGGCAACAGCUUCAAAGAUCCGCAGGGUUGUGGGCACAGUGCCGAUUCUCGCGAUUUCGUCAUCGGAUUCAGAGGCUUGUGCUUGGAGGUGUCAGAACAGUCGCUAAUCUGCGGGUGCUUGAACGCAAAGGUGUGCAUUCACGUAGACGCAAGCAGGUUCGGCGAUUUGAAAAAGAACACGCCGGAGCUGAGCGUGAAGGAAGCCAAACGGUUGGAGGGUGCCAACUGGUGUCAAAAGCUAGCUGCGUCCAAGAAGGCCCAGGCAAAUGUAAAAUGUACUGGCGGAGCCCCGACCUCAGCGUCUGUCCAGCGGGAUCUGAAGGAGAAGAUGAUGGGUGGUAAGGAGUCCAGGGACAAGCCGGACCCUUCACACGACAACGAACUCUACUCGCUGCUAGCCAGAAAUACCAAAUCUGUGGCGGGGUUCAGCAAAAUGGCCUUUCCCGACUACUAUGGGCAUAUACCCCCUCUGUACAGGGAGCCAUCGGUGGAGAGAGAAUAUGGCGUUCAGAGGUCCAAGAUAUUUCAAGACAUUGAGCGAUUGAUUCGCCCUGGUGAUAUUAUAGAUCGAGUGGUGUAUGACCUUGAUAUGCCCAGCUUGGUCUCAGAAGAUGGAGAUUGCCUGAAAUUUUGCUCAGAAUUUGAGUCUGGAAAUCUUCGAAAAGCCAUUCAUAUUCGCAGAUAUGAGUAUGACCUGAUUCUGGACUCGGACAUUAACAGCAACCGUCACCAUCAGUGGUUCUAUUUUGAAGUGAGUGGAAUGGAAAGCGGAGUGCCGUACCGCUUCAAUAUCGUGAACUGCGAGAAGGUCAACAGCCAGUUCAACUAUGGUAUGCAGCCUGUCAUGUAUUCAGUACGGGAGGCAAUGGCAGGGCGACCUCACUGGGUACGGGCCGGCACAGACAUCUGCUACUACAAGAACAGCUUCUCGCGCAGCUCGGCAGCAGCUGGUGGGCAGCGCGGCAAAUCCUACUACACUCUGACCUUCACGGUGACCUUCUUUCACAAGGAUGACGCCUGCUACUUUGCCUACCACUUCCCCUACACAUACACCAGCCUAAUGGCUCACCUACAGGGCCUGGGUGCAGCCUGUGACCAGCGACAGAUAUACUUUAAGCAGCAGACGUUGUGCCAGAGCAUGGGCGGAAACGGGUGCCCUGUGGUCACCAUCACAGCCGCCCCACAAUCCACCGGCUGGCAGGACAUCUACAGGCUCAGGAAUCGGCCGUAUAUUUUCCUCACCUCACGGGUGCAUCCCGGCGAGAGCAACUCCAGCUGGGUGAUGAAAGGCUCGCUGGAGUUCCUCAUGAGUGAUGACCCCCUGGCCCAGAGCCUGCGCGAAUCGUACAUCUUCAAAAUUGUCCCCAUGCUCAACGCUGACGGGGUCAUCAAUGGGAGCUACCGCUGCUCUCUGGGUGGAGAGGAUCUCAAUCGCCAGUGGUCCAGCCCAGACCCCGAGCUGCAUCCCACCAUCUUUCACACGAAAGGGCUCCUGCAGUACUUGGCUAGCAUCGCCCACACUCCGCUGGUUUACUGUGACUACCAUGGCCACUCGAGGAAGAAGAAUGUUUUCUUGUAUGGCUGCAGCAUGAAGGAGACCAUCUGGCAAACUGCUGCUGAGGCCAAAGCAUCUUCUGUCUACGAGGAUUUAAGCUACAGGACCUUGCCGAGGAUCCUGCACCAGAUUGCGCCCGCGUUCUGCCUGAGCAGCUGUAACUUCGUGGUGGAGAAGUCCAAGGCAUCCACGGCGCGGGUCGUGGUGUGGAGGGACAUCGGUGUGCUGCGUAGCUACACAAUGGAGAGCACCUAUUGUGGCUGUGACCAGGGCAUCUACAAGGGAAGCCAGAUGGGUUCCCAGGAGCUGGAAGAGAUGGGAGCCAAGUUCUGCGUGGCUCUGCUUCGUCUCAAGAGCUCUCUCGCACCGGCUGAGAGUUUGCUGCUGCCCCAACGUGGGGCCUGGGCCGGACCUGACCCCGACACCAUCGAGACUGUGUACAAGCCCUCACGGUUCUUCUCGCUGGAGGAUGAGCCGCGCUUCGCCGAGGAGAUCGACUACAGCGCCGAGAGCCUGGACGAGCAGGAAGGCGGAGACGACGAUGCCGCCGUUGCCGCCGCCGCCGCUGCUGCUGCGCCAGACGAUAGUGACGAGAACCGGCCACCACACGUGCUCACCGGUCGCAGGGAGUGCUGUUAGAGGCGCGGUGGGGUCACGACCCCUCGCUCACUCUGCAGUGCUGGGGGUGGGGGUUGGUGGCUGCUGUCUUGCUCCAUAAAGAAAUCCGCAGCCGAGGUUUAUUUCUAAAAAUUGGUAAAUGUUGCUUGGUUCGUAAGUUUAUAUUUUAUUAAGGAAAUGAUUGUAAUUUUUUUUUAUGUGUCCAGAACAUCAGUAAAAGCAAGAAAUGUGUACUAACAGGGUAAUGUAAAAAAAAAUACAGUUUCAGGUUAAUUGUAAAAUUCUAAUAUAUUUUGCUAACUCAUAUAAUUGAAAUAUACUCAUGUUAUUGAUUGCAUCGUCGAAAAAAUAGGAUGCACAAUAAUGGUGUUGGGACAAAGUAAAUACAACUGACACUAAGCCACAAAGGUAGCUUAUUACAGAGCAUGAACAAGAAAGACGAGGCCACAUUAUGAUCAUUACAAUUAUUUCCAUAGUAAAAUGUUCUUCACAUCUACAAGCAUUAAUUGGAAUGAGAUACUGUACUUGAAAAAAUAUUUGGCAACAUGCGCAGAGUGUGGGCCCGAGAGCUGUACAUGACAGUGCUUUAAAAUCCCAUCUCGUGCCUCUGGAGAAUGCACUAAAAGGAGCAUAGUGCUGUCAUGUAUAGAGACAUGCGCUAACGACAACUGAAUCUCACUAAAAGAGGUUAGUGUAUCUGAGACAUUUUAAAACAGAUGCCACUUGAAGCAAAUGCAAAUAAUGUGCAUCAGACAAGCGGCCCUCAGAACUCGGCACUCAAAACCAAAUCUGUAAAGCAAUGGGGCACAUUUCCAAGACAUAAAUGGUACGUUUUAAGUCAUUGAGGAAACUUUGACAGGUGAAAAAAUGGUUUCAUUUUUGCUUUAAUUGCCAUAAUAUACUGUACAUGGAGGCUGUAAGCAUCUCAGAAAUAUAAAGUAAAAAAUACAUCACCGUCUUCCUGCCAAAACAUAUUUACAAACCAAAUGAAGGGAAGUAGGAUCAAAUUAUUUUUUGUUCAUGCUUCACUGAACAUGAAAUAACGUGGUUGUGUAUGCUGAGCAAAGCAUACAAAUGAGAGGCAUAUCUUCAUAGAAAAUGUCCAAAUUAAGGGAGAUAGCGGAAGUCACUGAAGCCUUUAAAUCAUACGCAGGUUAAUGCUCAUUAAAAUAUUCAAAUUAAUAAGAACCUACAGGCUUGGAUGAAACGGAUCCACAUGAACACACAAUAAUUGCACCAAUAGUGCAUUUGCCAUUCCUUGCACAUCACUCGAUGGCAAGGCAAGUUUACGAUGACUAUGAUUCAUCCUUUACAUUUAGUUGAAAUGGAAUACUUUUGGUCAAUAGCACUUUGUGCAUGCUGCACGCUAGCCCAGGGUACUCGUAUGUCUCAGUAAGGAUUCUUUAUUUUGCAUGGUGUCCUCAUCUCGCCAGCUGCCCAAAUGUUCAAAGCCCCAGGCAGCUGCGUACAAAUCAACACCAUAUGAGGGUGCGCCCUAAUUUAUGGAGCAGGCACACGUCAUUCGUGACUGUAGCCCUUGCAGUGGGAUGAAAGCAAUCGAAUAAUUGUAGUGCAAGCGUUACCUGCCGAGCACCAGACAUGGAAAACAAUUUAAAGUUGUGCGAUUUUGGCAGGCGAUCAAUACUUUUAUCAAGAUUAAAUUGAGCUCUUUGCAGACACACACGUGUUGUAUUUACAAUUUUGGUCCAACUUUUACGCACACCGUUCACUCACUUGAGCCUCUGUUGCGCCAUGCAGUCUCUUUAUGUGGAAAUAUGAAGUAAUAUUUGUCCAUUUUUUUUUAUCUGCUCCUGAAUUCUCAUAGGAGGUUUCCGUUGGCUGUGCUAAUGCUGGAAAUGUGCUGUGAGAAAGGAAUGGAAUGCUUAGUGCAGCUGUAGCACUCCUUGUAAAGCGUUUUCACUCAAACCGUCAUGAGCAUCAGUUCAUUACUGCCGCCCGUGGCAAAAGGCUCGUGCGCAUCUGCUCAUUUUUUUAUGAGGAUGCUUGCAGAAGGCUAAAUGACAGCUCUUGAAACCACUUUCCUUACAUUACUUGACCUGACCUUAUUUGUGUUAUGCUUAGAGUCCGUAACGAAUUUUACAUUGAAUGUUCUUGAGUCAACUUUUUAUGUCGACAACCAAAAACUCACAUAUUACUGCACUUUGUAUGCAUUCAUGUUAUCAAAACCGCAAAGUUGGGUGAUGGUAAAUAUUAAAAAAACACAUGCAUGGUAACAAAUGGUGUAUUAGAUCGUCUAUGCAACAUGCAACGAGAACACUUUUUAAAGUCCAAUUACAUGAUUCAAAAUUUAGUAAUUAAUAUUUUUUCUUGAGGGAAUAUGCAAUAUUAUAGAUUGCCCAGUGGCUCAUGUGCUAUUUAUCAUUCCCCGUAUUUUUGGUUUGAUUGCAGCCCUCCGUGGGGAAGAUAAAUAAUUCUCCUUGGUCUCUGUUUUGACGUGGUUCUCCCCGCACUGGGGCCGAGUCGAUGCUCCACCUGGUACCGUGUCUGUUCGCACGAGAGAGCUCUGUUCUUUAUAACCUCAGAGGCAGUAAGGGUAGGGUACACCGCUGCCUCUUUGCAUUAUCUUUGCUUUCUUUCAACGUCGGGAAAAGUUGGGAAAAGCAGGUAGCACAUUUCCAAGCAACACUUGCAUUUACAGCCAAAUUUGGCAUCUGUCUGUGACUGCCACUAUAAUUAAAUUCUUGUUAUUCUCAUUAAAUUAGUCAUGCAAAACGAGAGCCGGGGGCAAUUAUUAUUUAUUUACAUACUUAUUUACUUAUUUAUCAACUUAAGUGGGUGACAUUUUUGCACCCGCGCACAACACUUGUGGGGAAGUGAAACAUUUGGAGAUUUGUGGUGCAGUGCAACGACAUUUGGAGGUUUGUGGUGAAAUGUGUCUCUAUGUUCUGUAGAUUUACAAACGGAAUGCACCGGUCGGGGGUCUCACCCGGUAUUCACAGAUACAACUCGGUUCAACGUCGCGUGUGAAAAAUAACAUGCAGUUACCCCCUGGUGUUUGCAGAGAAACCGUUUUCACAACUUUGGAACUGAAACCACCAUAAAUAGGCAAAUACAUAUAUAGGCUCACAACUUGAACUUGAGGCCAGACGAUCCCGGGUCAAUGCUUAUAGUUGCACAGCACUAAAGCGUAAACCCACGUGAGAGAGUUGGGGUCUCACUCCAGUCGCCUAACUUUGGCCGAACGGUUAUGUACUUUGUGCCCAGCUAUCUGCUGCAGGUUUCUAACAACCACCAACGGUUGCAUUGUCAUUCACUGACUUUUGUACAUAUCGUGUUUGCAGCGACGUCUGCUUUUGCCGCUGUAAAAUGCACAACAUUCGAGGGCAUUUGAUGAUGUAAAGUAAGUUCGGUAUGGUUAAUGUCGUGUAGUUGUAUCGUGUAGUCGUGUAGCUGUAUGUGGAGGAAAAUUGUGGGCUUCUAAUCCCUGUUGCAGGGAUGCAAGUUGGUAUGCAAGCAAUCACAUGUGUUCGAUAGGUCACUUAAACCCUGGUUGUUAUACCUCCUCUGUUCUGUAAGCACCAACUUUAGAGCAACUUUGUUUGGAGUCCAGAUGUACUGGUGUGAGGUCAAGCAAGGUGAUGGACAAUUGAUCUGCGUUUAACAUUCAUGCAUCAGUCGUUUUGAGUCAGAUUUCCUUCUAACAUUCUGUACUGGUCAGUAGUAACUUCUGAUUCGAAUGAACGUUAACACCACUGUUGCAAAUGUAUGUAUUGCAUUUUUAUUCAAACACGAUGGUGGAUGGUUCGGUUCAAUUCUUAUGGUUUUGAUUUAGAAACCCUUGGACAGGUCAUUCAAACAUUUCUCUUAAAUCAUGUGCAAAACUUGGAAUACACACAUUAUACAUACUAUCAUUGAAACUCUAAAACUUUCAUAAUCUCAGAAAUAUGCAAAUAUUGUAAAUCUCAAACCAUGGUAAAAUAGUUUGUGUAUUAAAUAAUACAUUUUAAUUCAUUGCUGCUAAUAUAUUUGAAUGCCAUUUACCAUGUUUUACUUUAAUCAGAAUGUGUUAUUUAGGUUUGUUACAUCUGUAAAAACGGUCGUGUGAAAGUUUUUUUUUUAUUUUCUUGCACAAGGUUGCAUCAAGGGACGAGACAAAAUAACCAUCGGCUGAUAAAUAGUGAAGCGAUCUGUUUUUCCCUAGUUGCAACUGACAUUUGAUCUUUUUCUGUGUUAUUAUAAAUGCAGAGAAUUUCACCAUGAAAAUACAUGUAUGCAAGAUAAGUAAUUCUCCACCUCUUGGUUGUAAAACAUUCACAGCUUGGUCAAGUUGCUUGGUGGCAGCCGUUAGCGUUAAAUUACCUGCUGUGGUGUUCCAGCCAUUAAUUUCACGGUGUCAAAUUCAUCAGCAGCAGCAGCAUUUCAUUUUCGAAGAGAUUUUUUAAAUUUACAUUUUCUCUAUAUCGGAUCAAAAAUGUUCUCGUGUCUUUGAUAUGUUCUGUGUAAAUAAGUUGUGCUUCAAUAAGGUACAAAAACCAAAGUGGUCUUUUUAUUUAGAUUUAUUUAUUGAAUACCUUUCACUCUUACAGCAACCAAAAUAUUGUGGAUCUGUAUCACACUAGGGCCACAUUAAUGGGAAAGCAAGACAGGGGUGGAACUUUAUAAUUUAGUAUUGAUGAAUAAAACAUCAAAAUAUGAGUAAACAUCAAUAUCAUAAUUGUAUUAUGUUGUCUUUACACGUGGUGCCAAUUAUUUUGUGUAUACAACUUUUGCAUGGUUGCAUGACCUUUUUUAAAAACAAAUCUUGAGAUCAGCUAACUCAAAACAACCUGUUAUUUGAAUACAGAAUUGUUUUAUCUUUUGUCAACCUAAAUCGUAUUUUUGUUCACGAUCAAAGGUUCCCUGAGAUGCUGGAUAAUUAUACCCAAAGUUGGAAAUUUAAGAGCAGGUAAUGUAAGAAAUUAGAUUUUUGGCAGUUUGUGAUGAUUUAUUAUUUACAAGAAAUAUUUCGUUUUUGUUUCAUGAUUACAUAUAUACACGUAAGUUUAUGAGGAGAUAACUUUGGAGUGCCUCGUAUCUGGCCAAUUAUACUGGUUUUCUCCUCUCCUGUUUUGUGCCCGAAUUAAGUUUACCGUCUAAAAAAAAAAAUGCAUCUUAAUGUUCCUACUAUGAUGCAUGCUAUUGCAAUGCAGGAUUGGUGAUUCAGUGUUAUUCUCGCAGCCGUAUAGUUACGUUUUCAAAAUUAUAGGUCUUGUUAAAAUGUUAUCUGCAGACUGUCGUUGUGGUUAAAAGAGCAGCUCGACCUGUCCAAUAAUAUUGGUGCUCUUCCUAGCAUCCCAGUGUCGUGCUUUUGUUGUAACCGUGCUUUCGCUAUUCACGAAGCAGUCCGUAAAAUAGUUUUUGUUUGGGUUAGAUCGUGUAAAUUUACGUGCUCUCGCCCCAAAAAAACCCUCUUUUGGAACGUUUCAUGAAUGGAUAAUAUUAGUUUUGAAAGCAUACGUGUUCAUGAAGUAGUGUUCAUCCAACCGGUUACAUAGUAGUGUCCCUCACAAAAGGGUGGUUGUUGAAUUCCACGGAUGUAGUUUUACGUUUUUGUUCAUGUAAAAUGUGUUCAAAAAAAACAUAUUCACCAUAUUGUAGGUGUAUGUUGACGGAUGACAUGCAAUACUCUGGUCCUUGUGAACCCUCGGUAAAUAGAAAAAAUGUCCCACGUGUAGGACACAGACUCCGUCUCCAGCAGAGCUCAAGCCUUCGAAAGUCACGUCGGUGCUGACCCCUUGAUUGUUACAAACGCGGGAUACGUUGCAUGCACUCGUGGAUUUUUAUUUUCCCCUGUUAUGCACUCGUGAAUUUUAAUUCUCCCCUUUUAUACUCUGAUGUGGAUUCUUUCUACAUGCAGCCGUGUACAUACUUUGCUGUUGAUCCGUUAAGUGCUGUAUUUUGAGUCUUUGUAUAGCCAUAUGUUAUGGCAGAUCACACAUUGUAAUGGUGCACAGCUUAUCAUUCGCCUGUGUGUUUCAGUAACUAAUCUCGUGCUCAAUAAAAUAUAUGAAAAAUU